AUGGCCAUGAUCUUGGGGUACUGGGACAUCAGAGGGCUGGCUCACGCCGUCCGUCUGCUUCUGGAAUACACAGACUCACACUACGAGGAGAAGAUGUACGGCAUGGGCGACGCUCCCGACUAUGACAGAAGCCAGUGGCUAAGUGAAAAAUUCAAGCUGGGCCUGGACUUCCCCAAUCUGCCCUACUUGAUUGAUGGGGCUCACAGGAUCACCCAGAGCAAUGCCAUUGUUCGCUACAUCGCCCGCAAGCACGACCUGUGUGGGGAGACAGAAGAGGAGAGGAUUCGCGUGGACCUUUUGGAGAACCAGGUCAUGGACAUGCGCAUGCACCUGGGUAGGACCUGCUACAGCCCUGACUUUGAGAAACUAAAGCCUGAAUUCCUGGAGGGUCUCCCUGAAAAGAUGAAGCAUUUGUCGCUGUUUCUAGGGAAGAGGCCUUGGUUUGCAGGAGACAAGAUCACCUAUGCGGACUUCCUGGCUUAUGAUGUCCUUGACCUGCACCGCAUCUUCGAGCCCGCGUGUCUGGAUGCGUUCCCAAACCUGAAGGAAUUCAUGACCCGCUUUGAGGGCCUGCAGAAUAUCUCCACUUACAUGAAGUCCAGCCGCUUCCUCCCAUGUCCUCUGUUUUCAAAGAUGGCCGUGUGGGGCAACAAAUAG